GCUUGUAAUCGAUAUCGAUUCUCCGCCCAGUUUUUGGGGCCAAAAAAAAUACACGGCAGUUGCGUUCGGAUUGUGCAUUUUCCGUUUUCCUAUGUAUCCAACGGCCGCACGGGGUGUGAAUUAAACCACGUCAGAACUAGCACGAUGCCAUAGAAUCCGCGGCGGACAAGGCACAGUCACUGCAAGAAUAAUUAGCACGGAGUGGAGUGGAGCCAGAGCCACACAGGGUGCUCCUUGCCAAAAUGGGUCGCAACAACUUCAGUUCGCAGCACCAGCAGACUCAUGUGAGGCGCCACCGCAAUGCUGGCGGCGCCACAGCAAAAUCACCAAACACAGCCAAACCAUCGCCAACAAUGACGGACUACCUAUCGCUGCACUCGCGACUCGCCCAGGUGGGCCAGGAGCACCUGCUCAAGUUCUGGCCGGAGCUCUCAAAUGACGAACGCAGCGAUCUGGUGCGUGACAUCGAGGAGCUGAAUCUGGACGAAAUCAAACUGUACUUCGACCGCGCCACGGUCUCAAUGAAUGAGAAUGGCAUCAAGCUGGACGAUCGCCUGCAGCCGCUGCCCGAUGGCAAACUAAUCUCCAUUGCCAGGGCGCCGCUGGAGAAGUUGGCCGCCUACCGGGAUGAGGGUCUACUCCAGAUCAGCAACGGACAUGUCGCUGUGUUGCUAAUGGCAGGCGGACAAGGCACACGACUUGGUUUCGAUCACCCCAAGGGAAUGUACGAUGUGGGACUGCAGUCCCGGAAGACCCUGUUUCGCAUUCAGGCCGAGCGGAUCCUGAGGCUGGAGGAGCUCGCCCAAGAGGCGACUGGCAAGCGUGGCCACAUCACUUGGUACAUAAUGACGUCGGAGCACACGGUGCAACCCACAUACGACUACUUUGUGGCCAACAACUUCUUUGGCCUGAAGGCGGAGAACGUGCUGCUGUUCGAGCAGGGAUCACUGCCGUGCUUCGAAUACGAUGGACGCAUCAUUCUGGACGAGAAGCAUCGGGUGGCGCGCGCACCGGACGGCAACGGGGGUAUCUAUCGGGCUAUGAAACGCCAAGGAAUACUGGACGACAUGCAGAAGCGGGGUGUAUUAUAUCUGCACGCCCACAGCGUGGACAACAUACUGAUCAAGGUGGCCGAUCCCGUCUUCAUCGGCUACUGUGUGCAGGAGAAGGCUGACUGCGCCGCCAAGGUCGUGGAGAAGGCGGCGCCCAACGAGGCUGUGGGCGUGGUGGCCAUUGUCGAUGGCAAAUAUCAGGUGGUGGAGUACAGCGAAAUCUCUGCCAAAACUGCCGAGAUGCGCAAUUCGGACGGCAGGCUGACCUUCAGUGCUGGAAACAUUUGCAAUCACUUCUUCAGCUCGAACUUCCUGCAGAAGAUUGGCAGCACCUUCGAGCAGGAGCUGAAGCUGCACGUGGCCAAGAAGAAGAUUCCCUUCGUGGACAACGCCGGCAAGCGGCUAACACCCGACAAGCCGAACGGCAUUAAGAUAGAGAAGUUCGUAUUUGACGUCUUCGAGUUCGCCCAGAAGUUCGUGGCCAUGGAAGUGCCACGCGACGAAGAGUUCAGCGCCCUGAAGAACUCCGAUACAGCUGGCAAGGAUUGCCCCAGCACUGCCCGAUCGGAUCUGCAUCGCCUGCACAAGAAGUAUAUCGAAGGAGCCGGUGGCAUUGUGCAUGGCGAAGUCUGCGAGAUCUCGCCGUUCGUCACCUACGCCGGUGAAAAUCUCGCCUCGCAGGUUGAGGGCAAGUCGUUCACCAGUCCCGUCUACUUGCGGGACAGCCGCGAUCCCUUGCACGGACACCUUUAAACGGGGGGCAGUAUCGACGCAUAGACUGAUGGACGGAUGGUAGUCGUUGUUUCGGUUAUUUGUACAUUUUUCGUAUACCGUUUCUGAACGUUAUGAUUCCCAAGUUAUAGUUAGUGCACGGAAAUUCCAUAGAUUUCAGUACUUAAAGGAGACUUGUAAAAAUUUGUUAAUUAUUGUGUCCGUUGUUUAUUUUUCGUUUUGGAAAUAAUUGUGCAAUCGUAAUGUGAAUAUAUACA